AUGGUAAAGCAUUUUGAUACAGCCUUCCCUCAAAAAAUGGUAAAUAUAAGAGAGAAGACAAGAGGAAAGGGUUGGAUUACUAAGGGAAUCAGAACUUCUUGCCAGAAAAAAAGGGAGCUCCACAUAAUGUGCAAAGAAAAUAAUGCCACUGAGGAAAUGCAUACUCACUACAAAACAUACACUAAAAUCUUACAAAAGGUCAUUAAACAGGCAAAAAGAAUAUACAAUGAUUACUACAUAAAUAAUUCUACAAAUAAAGUGAAAGCUAUGUGGGACAUCAUUAAAAAAGAAACUGGCAAAAAUAAGAGAACUGAGGAGAACAUUGUCUUGAUACACAACAAUAAAAAGAUUUUACAGCCUACAGAAACAGCAAACAUAUUCAACAAAUACUUCACUGGGAUAGCUGAAAAUUUAAUAAAAACUAAUUUUAGUUCAACUCAGCAUCAAGUGGUGAACAAGUGCAACAGUAAUGAAUUUUCAAUGUUUAUGGACCAAGUAAGCAGGGAGGAGACAUUGAGGGCUGUCAGAGAACUAAAGACAACAUACUCAGCAGGAAUUGAUGAGUCAGGCAUCUUUCCAGAUCAACUAAAAACAUCAAAAGUCAUCCCUAUUUUCAAAGCUGGUGACAAAGAUGAAGUAAUAAACUAUUGUCCCAUUACAUUAACAUCCUGUUUCUCAAAAGUAAUAGAAAAAAUUAUGUGUAGUAAGUUGUUAAAGUUUAUAAACAUAAAUAGUGUGCCAUCUAAUACUCAACAUGGCUUUAGAAGCAAGAAAUCAACGGAGACAGCAAUCUAUGAAUGCAUAUCUACUGUAUUAAAAACAAUAGAUGAAAAACAACAAACGACAGGUUCUUUAACAUUACAUUUCUCAAGGUUAAAGCCUGUCAUUGGAUCAGAUAUAAGGUAUCAUGCCACAUUAUUUCCAUACGUUGGUUUGGCUACUGCCAAAACAGAUAAAAAAACUAUUUAUGAAGUCCUCUUGUAUGAUGAUUUGAUGAUGGCCUAUACCCACAACAUGUAA